UUUUACUUUAGCAUGAAGUUAUCCAAGUUUUCUUAAUAAGUUAUUUUCUGUCAUUUUAGUUAUGUUAGAUGAACUACCGCAUCGAAUUAAUUGGAAAGACAGUAAUACUACUAUUGGGAGUGGUUUAACAACGACUGGUUUUCAUGAAACGCACAAGGAAAGAUUUGAAGAUUGUGUUGGAAGUUGGACGAACCUAGAAGAUUGCAGACUGCUUGAUCAUGUCUCUCGAUUGGGUGAAAAUCGUUGGAAUCUUAUUGGAAAAAAGCUUGGCAAGUCAGCUUUUCAAUGCUCAGAAAGAUAUUUGAAGCAUUUACGUCCUCAAAUGUUAGGAUCCAGUAAAACCUAUACAACUCUAAUACAACAUAGAGCUAUACCACAAACAAUUCUCAAUUCAGAUCAAAAUUCAACAUGGACAAAAGAUGAAGACUCAACUCUCCUCCAGUUGUAUUUAACAUAUGGAUCCAAUUGGGAGUUAAUAGCUAAUCGCCUAACCACUAGUGGUAGUUCGCAUAAAAAACGAACUGCUGUAGAUGUAAGACAACGAUAUGAAAAAGUUGUUCUCCAAUAUUGGCCCAAUUAUGAUCAAGAAAAUCGUCCACUCUCUAGUUUACUGUUUCGUAAUUCGCUAUUAUCCUGGUCAAAUAGUUCUAAAAAUAACAGUACUCACAACAACACAAGUUCAAAUGAUCAAUCAAUAAUUAGUAAGAACAUUCCUCGACCUACCUAUCUAAUCCCAUUAUCUUCAUUAAAGUCGAAUUACGAUUCUACAACAAAUGGAAAUUGGAAAAUUCGUCUGACCCAACCUAUUCAUCAUCAUGAUUCAGGUUUUAGUGAAUCUGGUUUGUCGAACAGUGUCCAGUCUGGUGGAAGUAAUUCUCAGCAAUCUCUGAGGUAUUCGGUUGUGACGACUUCCAUCAGUUCCCACAAUUCCUUAUUAUCUACAUCGACUCCAGUGGAUUUAAUUAAAAAUGGUCCAUUAUUAUCUAGUCCUGAUAAAUCUCAAUUCAGCCUACCAUCAUCAUCAUCAUUAUUUAUCAAAUCAAAUUCACCUAAAUUACUUGAAUCCAGUAUAAAUGACGAUCUCACUAAUUCUCCUACUUCUUCGUUUUCAUUUAAUUUUUAUAAUAAUCAUAAUCAUAAUAAUAAUUGUUCAUCAAAAACAACCUCUCCAUUAAAAUCAAUUCAUCAGACAACAAAUGGAUCGUUAAGUGUUCUGAUAACUGAUGAUAACAACAGUAAUAAUACUAAUAAUAAUCAUUUUGUUAUACAAACACCUACAAAAGCAUUAAGUGAAGCUGAUCAAUUAUCAUUUCAUUUAACUAGUCCACCAGCUGUUUUAGGUUCUGCUGGUCGUUAUCCUGUUACUAAUUUAAAUCAUAAAACAACAGAUUUAGAUAAAACUCCAAUUGGUUCAAGAAUUCCACGUUGUUCACAGAUAAGAGGAGAUGGUGCACCGUUACGCAGACCACUCUGUACCAGGUUGUUUGAUAAUAUUCCAAAUAAUACUUCUCUUCCUUCAACGUCACUUUCUUCAUCGUUUACAGUUAGUAAUACUAAUCGUAAUAAUUUGUCCGAGAAAACUUUCUCAACGUUAUCCUCUUCAACAACAUCAUAUAAUUCCUGUGAUGAAGCCAAAUGUAUAGCUAUUCUUACAGCCAAAGCAACUGUUUGGAAUCGAGCACUUUUACCAACCACUUCUACAUCAACAACUGCGACAUCUUCAUUGUCAACAUCUCAAAAAUCUCAUCUUUCUUAUUUUACUACGAAUAAUAAUAAUUGUAACAGAUUAUUCAAUGAGAAUGAAUUCAACAUGAAUCCAUAUCAUUCUCUUAACUUUUCAAUUUCUAAAGAUACAAUGAUGAAUUAUCAUAAUAAUCUAUAUCCUUAUAAAUCAUAUUCUCAAAUAGUUAAUAAUGAUAUUAACUUUAAUCCUCCAUUAAAACCAUUAAAAUUUCCUGCUAGAAAACAACCUCAUUUAACACUUCGACGUAUUGUACAAAUUGCUAAUGAAGAUGAUUGGCAAGAAGUUGCUUAUGGUAAUAGCUAUGCUUCUCAAACAUUAAUUCGACUAGCUAAAUCAUUUACGAACAAUUAUCAACAACAACAAUCUAUUAGUGAAUUAAAUGAUCUCUCAUCUCAUUCAUCAUUAUCUUCACCAUUAUUGCCUAUAAUAAAGAGAACAAUAUCAGAAGAAUCAAUUAAUCAUUAUUCAAUUGAUCAUCAAGAUUGUUUCUUGGAACUAGAACAACCGAUGGACAAUUAUUAAUGAGAAUUAUUCUCUUUUUAUCUUUACUUCAUUUACUUCGUUUUUAAUACAGUAUAUUUUAAAGUGUGACAACUCGAACUAAUGUACGUACGUACGUACGAAGUUCUACGU